AAAGUGCCAACAUGCCAGCUACUCUUGAGUCGAUUGAGGCCGAGAUCGCCACCCUGCACGAGACGCUCGAGUCGCAGGGCCUCAACUCGCGCGGCGUCACCGACAUCUUUGGCCGCAAGUUCUCGCUCCCCGUCGACGACGAGCACAAAGCCAAAAAACUCGGCCUGACCCAGAUCUUUUGCAACUUCUCCAACCCGCACAUGCGCGCCUUCCACACCUCGUGGUUUGGCUUCUUCUCCUCCUUCUUCUCGACCUUCGCCGCGGCGGCGCUCAUCGCCUACAUCGGCCCCGACCUCAAUCUCACCGCCGAGGACAAGGGCAACGCCGGCAUCGCCGCCGUCGCCGGCACCAUCUUCUUCCGCCUCGCCAUGGGCUACAUCUGCGACAAGGUUGGUGCGCGGCGCGGCCUCGGCACCCUCCUCCUCCUCGUCACCCCGCCCAUCAUCUGCUUCAUCAUCCCGGGCGUGAUCGUCAACGCCGGCGGAUUCAUCGCCGCCCGUUGUGUCAUCGGCUGGGGCCUCGCCACCUUCGUCGCCUGCCAGACCUGGUGCUCGCAGCAAUUCUCCAAGAGCGUCGUCGGCAUGGCCAACGCGACUGCGGCCGGCUGGGGCAACCUCGGCGGCGGCGUCACCAACCUGACGAUGCCGUACAUCUUCCUCAUCAUGAUGUCCUUCGCCAACGACGACGUCAACAAAGCGUGGCGCCUCUGCUACAUCGUGCCGCUCGUCCUCCACGUGGUCGGCGCGGCCGCCGUCUUCACCGCGCGCGACCUGCCCGACGGCAACUACGCCGAGCUCGAGAAGUCGGGCGCCAAGCAGAAGACCGACUCCAAGGUGGUCCUCGUCACCGGCGUCACCAACAUCAACGCCUGGCUCCUCACGCUCACGUACGGCUUCUGCUUCGGCGUCGAGCUCACGAUGAACAACGUGGCCGCCGGAUUCUUCUACAACUACCAGGGCGUCACCCCGCAGCUCGCCGGCAUCGCCGCCUCCAUGUUCGGCCUCAUGAAUAUCUUCGCGCGGUCGCUCGGCGGCCUCCUUUCCGACUUCUGCAACGCCCGCUUCGGCAUGCGCGGCCGCCUCUGGUCGUGCUGGAUCAUCCAGACCAUCGAGGGCGUCAUGUGCUGCAUCCUCGGCUCCGUCACCGCCGACAUGUCCGCCCCGUACCCGUCGACCGGACCCAAGUACCCCGCCUUCGUGGAGAUUCCCAAGGACGAGUGGCGCGUCGCCCUCAACACCUCGUGGGGCUGGACCCCGCUCAUGGCGGAGGGCCUCCACUUCGGCAUCGUGCCCUACGUCUCGCGCCCCGCGCUGGGCAUCGUCUCGGGCAUGGUGGGCGCCGGCGGCAACCUCGGCUCUGUCAUCGCCACCUGGACCUUCUUCAAGGGCCGCUACCGCACCGACGACGGCAUCGUCAACCUCGGUAUCAUGAUCAUCGGCGUCACGCUGCUCCUGUUUGGCGUCCACUUCCCCGAGCACGGCUCGAUGCUCUUCAAGAAGGGCGCCAUCAAGCGGCCGAGGCGCAGAAGGACAAGCCCGAGGUGGUCUAAGAU